UCUAUCUAUGUGUUUGGGGUCCGAAGUACAUACGAGAGAGAGAAAUGCCGUUCAUCCUGCUGUAGUAGCUGUACUAUUUUACCUGUUCGUAUCAGUGGAUCUUGUCCAUACUUACUUACCAGGUACUACUAGUAUGCACAUGCCCCAAGAUACCCUGGUCAAGGGUUCAUCGAAGCCCCCGUAGACGUUUCAUUGCUUAUCUCUGCCAUAGUCCCUACAUAGAACCGAAAAUAUUUGGUUCGCCCACGCCAGAAAAGCAUGGUUGGAGCGAAUCUGGGGUGGGUGCGAUGGGAAUAGCAUUGUGAGAUGUUGCAGGGUGCGAUGCUACCUUGAAAUGCUGGUCAUCUCCGCCGGGAGUCCUAGAUAGCAAGGCUAUAUUAAGUGAUUGAUACCCGUUUUGUUUUGUGCGUAGUAUACAACUUGAACUUGUUCCUGCUUCCUUGGUAAACCCAACUUGUCGGUUCGUGACCUUACUGUCUCUGAACUGAUAUCCGCGACCAUGACUUCGACUGAGACUCACCCGACGGCGGUGGCCGAAGAAAAGGAACAGACACCCACAUCCGAGAAGGAUAAGGAGAUGGACGAGAAGGUUCAUGCGGUCGAUCUCGAUAUCGAUGAUAUCGAGGCCGACCUCGACUUAUACGUGCCUUUGAAGAUGGACGGUGGCGUCAUGGACGAGCACAAUCCUCUGACAAUCCGCGCAGUCGUUGUCGGUAUAGUCUUGGGCUGUCUCGUGAAUGCUUCCAACCUGUACUUGGGUCUGAAGACAGGUUUCACGUUCCCAGCGUCCAUGUUCGGGGCCAUAUUUGGUUAUGGCAUCCUCAAAAUUUGCUCGAAGAGUACUCUGCCUAUUAUCGGUGGUUCGUUCGGUCCUCAAGAAAACAGUAUCAUCCAGGCCGCGGCUACGGGUGCGGGUGGCAUUGCUGGAAUCUUCGUUGCCGGUAUCCCAGCCAUGUAUCAGCUCCACGCCCAGGAAGGGAAUCCCAGGGAUAGCUUUGGUGCCAUCCUCACCAUUACCCUCGUCUGCUCAUUCUUUGGUCUCUUCUUUGUGACCCCCCUCCGAAAGUUCUUCAUCAUCCAGGUCGGCCGGGAACUAAAGCUGCUCUUCCCAACCCCUACUGCCGUAGCCUUGACUAUCAAGUCCAUGCACGGUGGCGUGGCUGGUGCUUCGGAAGCUAUCAGUAAACUUAAAGCUCUCAGCAUAGCCUUCUCUGCUGCUAUUAUCCAACGAGUGGCAUCAUACUACGCUGUCGGUAUCUUAUACGACUGGCAUAUAUUUACGUGGAUACAUAUAUGGUCUGGCUACACAAGUUGGGCUAUGAACAUUGAAAGUUGGGGUUGGCUGUUUGAGUGGACUCCUGCUUUCAUAGGGAGCGGUAUUCUAAUCGGCAUGAACUCCGCACUCUCUCUAUUUGGUGGUGCUGUACUCGCUUGGGCGAUUAUCGGUCCCGUCCUCGUUCAUUACGGCGAAUGCAUCGGCAAACAACAGAUUGAGGACGACCCGCGAUGGGCUGAUUGGUACUCAUUCGCCUCUUUUAGUAACCUUGGCCACGAGACACCAUCUCCACGGUAUUGGCUACUUUGGCCCGGUGUCAUGAUCAUGGUGUGUACCUCCAUGGCCGAGUUGGCCGUCCAAUACAAGGUAAUCGGAUAUGGUGGUAGGGUAGUUUGGCAGAAGACGUGCGCCAACAUCCACAGCUUCAUGACGAAACACGGAAAACAUUCCAAGUAUUUUGCCUCGCAUGCCGAAAAGGAAGUGAAGGCGGCCAAUCAGAUGAUUGAAGAUCCGGCACGGCCAGAGGAUCAGGUUCCCAUGUGGAUGUGGGUUACUGGUCUCAUUGCCACUAUCGCCGUCGCCAUGGUGAUAUUUGCUGUGCAAUGGGGAAUGAACCCUGGCUUGACAAUUCUCGCUUGCGUCCUGGGCUUCUUGUUUUCGUUUUUGGCCAUUCAAAUAGGCGCCGUCACCGACCAAACGCCACUGACCGCGGCAUCGAAAGCUAGCCAACUGGUUUUUGGCGCUGCUACCAAGAACAGUGGCUAUUCAAUCAAGCAUGCACAACGUCUUAACUUGGUUGCCGGUGGUCUGGCUUCCGGAGGUGCCGAUGUUGCCAUGUCACUAACCAGUGACUUCCGUACUGGCUUCCUUCUGGGAACACCGCCUAUCAAGCAAUGGAUAGCGCAAGGCCUCGGAACUACGGUAUCUAUAUUCCUUGCGCCGGGAGUAUUUGUUCUAUUCACCACUGCUUACCCGUGUAUUCUGGACAUGGAAGCCAAACACUGCCCUUUCGCAGUGCCAUCGGUUGCGGCGUGGGCUGCUGUGGCGCAAGCGGUGACUGAUCCGGCCGUGAGCAUCCCUUUGACGUCGGGGAUUUUCUCAAUUGUCAUGGGUGUCUUUUGCGUGGGCCAGGUGGUGUUUCGACACUUCUACCUCGUGGGUGAGCGUGAAAAGUACCGGGAAUACCUCCCCAACUGGGGUGCUAUCGCGCUAUCGUGGGUUAUCUUUCCGGCAACUUUCGCUACGGCUUCUAUGUUUGGGGCGCUGGUGGCCUUUUUCUGGAAGAAACAUGAUAUCAAGAGCUUUGAUCUGUAUGGAUAUGCAAUUGCGGCCGGAUGUAUCGCGGGUGAGGGUAUGGGCGGUGUCAUCGGAGCUGUUCUUCAGAUUGCUGGAGUUUCGGGCGACGUACUCGGCACAGCUGUGGGUUGCCCAGCGGAAACUUGCUAAAUAAGUGCAUGAUAUAUAGAAAGUAUAUACCCUCGGAAGUGGUGGGAUAAUUAGUUGAUGACUAUUAAUGAGAAUACCCCAAUUAUCUACUACUUAUAUAACAGACAUCUGGAGUAUGACUUGGGAUGUGAUAUUGUGUGUAGGUAGGUGUUGAGUUAUUC